AGAUGCAGAGACCAGCAACAGAAUUGCCGAAGCCGGGGCCGCCUUUGGGAGUCUCCGUGUGGGAGGGGAGAGGACUCAGCCUCACCACCAAGCUGAAGGCCUACCGAGCAGUGGUUCUCACCACCCUCCUCUGUGGCAGCGAGACCCGGACUGUCGACAGCAGACACGCUGAACAGCUCAACCACUUCCACUCGAGCUGCCUCCGGGGACAAAGUCCCAGACACAGAGAUCCCGGAGCGGGCUAGCACCCACCCACAGCGUCUACAGAAAGCCCCAGCCGGGUGGGCCGGCCACGUCGUCAACGCUAACGGUGACAUCAUUAGCCACUUGCGGAGGGAAUGACGCCACGAGUUCAUCGUUUGACUGAGGGACGAUGCCUCCCUGGAAGACCUGCCAUGGCCUUGUCCUCGGUCUCCUGGCGUGCUUGGGUGUGACCCUGGUGACGGCUGAAUCUGCGAACCAUGGGGGGACAACGACUGUAAAAGUGGUCGGUCCUCCAAACCAGACGGGCCUGAUCGUGGUCCUCCUGCUGGUCCUCCUGGCUCUGUUGGUGACCCUGACUGGAGCCUGGUGCAAGCUGCGGGAGUUCGGGGGCACCGGGGCCUACUACCCUUGGCAGCUGGAGAGCGGCGCCCGAGGCACCCGUCGGUGGGCCCGCAUCCUGAGGUCCAUCCUGCCCGGGAGGGCUUCCUCCCAGCGGGGAGACCUGGAGAGGGAGGAUCUGAAGUUUGUGGAUGAGGAGGACGAGGGGGAGGACGAGGACGAGCCUGGGAGUGAGGAGGAGCAGCCCAGGAGUGAUGAUGAUGAGGAGGAGGUGGGAGGAAGCAAGUUGAGGGGGGAGGGGGAGGGGGACUCCCUCAGUGACUAUUCGAGCCUCGGGGGUAUCGACCUGAGGGAGAGAGCAGCCGAAGGGGACGAUGAAUCGCUUCCCCCUCCCUUGUCAUCUCCUCGAGGGAGCCAGGUCCUGGGUGGGCUCCAUUCCCUCGCUGGGUCGGCACCCUGGGGAGAGGCGGGUCAGGACGUGACGGCUCUGUGAGGGAGCAAACAUAUUUGUAUCUUCAUCGUCCUGUGGGAAGGGUUUUGCUGGGAUCUUGCUGUGCAGGUGAUUGCUGUGACCCAGAGGAUGCUGGGGGAUGGGAGGUGACCCCUGUGU